AGCAGGGGAGUGGUUCUGGAAGCAAGGCUGUCCUUUCUAGGCAGGGGCUGCAGAAGACACCAUGAAGCCCCACUGGGCCUCUGUGCAGGGAGGUCGCCGGCCCUGGCAGGGGCUGCUGCUCACAGCCUGUCUUUUAGCCCUGUGGACUCCAUCCGCGAUGUCUCAGCUCCGGAUCGAAUCCGUGCCGCCCAAUGCCGCUGAAGGACAGGACGUUCUCCUCCGGGUCCACAAUCAGCCAGCAAAUACUCAGAUCUACCGCUGGUUCAGAGGGGCAACUACGGAGGAAGCCUAUCGCUUGGCGGCCUAUUCCCUGUCCUCUAACGAAAGCAAGCCAGGCCCCGCCAACAGCGGCCGCGAGACCAUACUGCCCCACGGAUCGCUGGCCGUGCGAAACGUCACUGUCAAUGACUCCGGAGUUUACACCCUGGACAUCUUUGAUGAAGACUUUACCAGUAUAAAGGCAUCUGGACAGCUCAGAGUGUUCGCCAAGUUACCCAAGCUCUUCAUCACGAGCAACAAUUCCAGCCCUGUGGAGGGGGAAGACUCUGUAGUACUAACCUGUGAUCCCGAGACACAGAACACAAGCUACCAAUGGUGGAUCAAUGGCCAGAGCCUUCUCAAUGACCCCAGGCUGGACCUGUCCACCGACAACAGGAUUCUCACUUUACUCCGUGUCACGAGAAAUGACACGGGACCCUAUGAAUGUGCAGCCUCCAAUCUAGUGAGCUACAACAGAAGCGAUCCAUUCUCCUUGAAUGUCUCCUAUGGCCCGGAUGCCCCCAUCAUAACCCCCCCUGGCUCAAAUGUCGGUCAAGGGACCAACCUCAGCCUCUCCUGCCACACAGCCUCUAACCCACCCGCACAGUACACAUGGCUGUUCAAUGAGAGGCCGCAGUCAUCCACACCAGAACUCUUUAUCCCCAACAUCACUGCCAACCAUAGUGGAUCUUAUGCCUGCUUCGCCCAUAACUCUGUCACUGGCCUAAAUAGGACCACAGUCAAGACUAUUACAGUCUUUGAGCUGGUGACACAGCCCUCCAUCCACGCCAGCAACACCACGGUCAUGGAACAGGAAUCUGUGGUCCUGACCUGCCACUCUCGUGACCCCGAAAUCACGAUCCGGUGGAUCUUCAAUGACCAGAGUCUGCGGCUCAGCUCGAGGACAAAGCUAUCUGAAGACAACAGCACGCUCAGCAUAGACCCUGUCAGGCGGGAGGACAGCGGGGAGUACAGGUGUGAGGUGUCCAACCCAGUCAGUGUCAAGAAGAGUGAAGCUCUCCUGCUGUCUGUGAGCUAUGACCCAGCACAAUCAAGCUCUGACCUCUCGCCCGGAGCCAUUGCCGGAAUCGUGGUUGGAGUUGUGGCCGGGGUGGCUCUGAUAGCGGCCCUGGCGUAUUUCCUGUACUCCAGGAAGACUGGCGGGACAAGUGACCAGCGCGAUCUCACAGAGCACAAACCCUCAGCCUCCAGUCACAGUCGGGACACUUCUCGUGACAACUCUCCUAAUGAGAUGGAUGAAGUUUCAUACACUUCCCUGAAGUUCAAUGCUGCACAACCAAAAGAACCGACGUUCGUGCCCCCAGCCUCCACAGCCACAGAAAUAGUUUACUCAGAAGUGAAAAAGAAGUAAUGAAUGUCCUCCACCUGCCUGCAGCACUACCGACACUUCCCAAGCCUUUCCCGUGCACUGGGAGAUUCUCAGCCCUGGGGGAGGAAGGAGGUGGGCCUCCCCUUCACCCCCUUCCGCCCAUCCAGAAGGACUGCUGGACUCCUGUGGGCAUUGGCGGAAGAGGAGGUACAUCCUGGAGUCUGGCAAAGCUGGCUCUUGGAGAGAGUCACCAGGCCCUCCCACCCUCCCCUUCAUGCCAGUCUUAUCGAGUCUAACUUGCAGUGCCAUUGAGGAUGAGAUAUGAGGGUGUGUGAUCCUUUUUUCUUCUUUUUUUUUUUUUUAGUUGUUAUGUGCCAGAAAAAAAAAAGGGGAGGGAGAGAGAGAAAAAAAUUAGCAAGAAUGGCCUUUCUCUCCCAAUCUUGGUCUGAAGCCAUCAUACAUAAGGAAAU